CCCAUGCUUCUCGAAAAAUGAGGCGACGUCUUCUCUUUCCUCUGACGUGUCGGCCAUCUAUUGGUUACUUUUCCUGCCUCCUGACGUUCCACUAUCUCUCGCAUUUAAUGCGAUGAGUAUAAAUAGCAGAGCGGUUAUUCACUUUCUUCGUUCACUUUCAAAUUCUCAGUGCAAUUUCUCUCUAUCUUCUUCUCCUUUGUUCUAUCUUUCACCUUUAUUCAAGUCGUUUUCUUCUUGAUUUUUAUCAUGGCUGAUAAGAAUCCUACUCAAAAGAAGAGGAAACAUAAGAGUAGAGCACCUCCUGGUCCUGACCAGGCCCAGAUUAACUGGAAAGAAGAUGAAUUCCAGAACCUCGUUAGAGGACAUAACUUUCGAUCUGAGUGGGGGGCUCGAUAUCCUCCGUCUGGAUCUACUGCACUGGAUGCCCCCCCUGGUUUUAUCACUUUAUACGCUGCUUUCUUCCGGGAAGGCAAUUUUAGGUUGCCCAUUACUAAGUUUGUUGCUGACGUUCUGAGAGGUUAUGGUCUUCAUAUUUCUCAGAUAAAUGCUAUUGGGCUCCCCCGGAUUACUCACUUCGAGUUUGUUUGCCGGUCUUAUCGAGUUGAACCGACGUUUCCAAUGUUCAACACUUUUUAUAGUGUUUCGUAUUCCAGUGGGUUCUACUCUUUCCAGGCUAGGAUGGGGGUCGCUCAGGUGUGUUCGGUGCCGAUAAAGGGCAUUCAUGACUGGAAGCAAAAGUUUUUCUACAUCCGUCGCGGUGUGAUUCCGACGGAUAUGUCGUAUAGGCAUGUGGAACAAGGGGUUCCCAGGGUGGAUGUUCUUCCCAACUAUGGUGAUCAAGACUGGUUUAAGAAGAUAACUGCGAAGCCGACGGCUAUUUCUCAACUGGAUGAGAUGGCCUUGGUUGGUGCAGGGAUGAGUUUGUUGUGGGUUCCUAAACAUCCGUUGGGUCAGCCUGCGUAUAGCCAUAAGGGCAAAUGUAUUGUUCUUUCAUGUCUCAUCUCUUGAUUAUUUCCCUUUAUUUUUAUUAUGUGUCCUUAUUUUUGUUUCCACCUUGCAGUUGGUUAUAGUUUGCUGAAUGCCUUGGAUCCGAAAUCAGCAGGUGCCAUGGUUGAAGCUAUCCAAGCUGAUGGGAAUCCAACGUGGUUGGAGCAAAUACAUGACCGUUUUCUUCAUCCUACCGAUGCGAGUUUGAGUGGAUACGCCAAUGAAGUUCUUGGUACCACGCCUGGUGGUGUUGCUGAGCCGGUACAUGGGUUUGCUGA